AUGGAAAAAGAAAAUUAAUAGUUAGCUGUUGGAGUGCCAUUGGUGGUAUGGGGAGCAUCAAUAACUCUAAGUAAUUGGAUUGAUGAAAAUUUUGAGAGAUUACCAACUAAUAUAUCGAAUUGCCUAGAACUUGGUAGUGGAACUGGACUUUUAGGAAUAUAUACACUUAAAAGAAUCUUUAGUAACUAUCCUGAAACAGAGACUAGUAUUCAUAUGACCUUCACUGAUAUGGAAUAAUCUUCCUUAGAAUUGAUUGAGAAAAACAUGGAUUUAAAUAAAAUAAGCAAACUUAAUGGGAAAGCAUCUUAUUUCAAAUGGGGAGAUUUCACAAACGAAUUCACUGACUCUGAUUAAUACGAUUUAAUUGUUGGAUCAGAUAUUAUUUAUAGUGAUAGAAUUCUUGAACCUUUAGCAUAAUCUAUAUCUCAUCUCCUUAAGAAAGGGGGAUUAGCACUUAUAGCAAAUAACAGUAUAAGAUAUGAUAUUUAAGCAAUCGAGUUCGAGAGGCAGCUAGCACUUAAAAAUUUAAUUAUUGAGGAAAAGGUCAAUAUCAAGGAUAAUUUCGCGUUUUUGGAAAAUUAUGAGAAGUUCCCAAGAUUGCUCAGAGCUAUUUAGAGAUACACACCAUUUUUCAGCAAUGGAAUAGAUCAACCUAGAUGUGAAGCAGCAUUUGUUAAUCCAAUACUAAAAGCUCAAAUGGGUUGUGGUUAUAUUUCAAUUAUUGAUAGUUCUUUAAAAGUAUUUAGCUGGGGAGAUAAUUACGCUGGAUAACUUGGUCUUGGUGAUGAUAUUCAUAGAGAUUCUCCUGUUUUGGUUGACACUUUGAGCGAUCAUCGAAUUGUAGAUAUGUCCUUAGGAUUCUAGCAUUGCCUGUAUCUAAAUGAUAUUGGAGAAGUUUUUGGGAUUGGCAGAAAUAAUAGAUUCUAGCUAGGUAGAUAAAAGGAUUCAAACAAUCAAAAUCAGGAAAUAUUUGAUAAAUAUCAGGGUGCAGUCAAGCUUGAUUACUUCAUUGAACCUAUAGUAUAAAUUGGAGCAGGCAAAUUUCACUCAGUAUUUUUGACUGUUGGAUUUAAUAAGUACGGAUAAUGCGGGAUAUCAAAUUCCCUUUUUAUGCAUUCUGAGGAUCCAGUAGAAAUAUUCACAGAUAAUCUAAGAAUAAAGGAGAUUUCAGUAGGAUCACAUCACACAUUAAUUUUAUCUGAAGACAAUAGACUUUAUGGUUUCGGAGCUCGAAAGAAUGAUGGAAGAGAGGAAUAAUGCAGUAUAGUUGAGAUUAAAUUACCAACUGAUAAGAAAAUUGUCAAGUUUAAGGCUUCAAAUCUCAGAAAUUAUAUUAUCACAGAAGACAAUUAAGUGUGGUUUUGGGGAGGCUAUAUAUAUUAGAACUAUUAAAAGUUGUGCAUUGAUGAUUUUAAUCUGCUAAAUGAAGAGGAAGGUAUACCGAAGGGUAAAAAGAUUAUAGAUUAUGGGCUUGGAUUUGCUCAUGAUACUGUUUUAAUAGAAGAGGAUGAACCUAAGAUAAAGAUUUAAUUAGUUAUUGAUGAGUAAAGUAUUUGA